CUCCGUGAGGAGGGGUCCUAACAGUACCAUGGAUUCUUGAUCAGUUCAUCUGGCCAUGGACAUCUAAGCAGGAAGUUAAUCUGGGGAGCGACAGGUGUUCAUGGACUUUCCUUUUUCCUUGUUCCUCCUAUGAUCAUAUAGGUGUCAGGACAAAAAAAAACAAUGUUCCAGCUUUGGAACCUUGUUCUCCUGUGCGGCCUGCUCACUGGGACUUCGGCGUCACUUCUCGGGAAUCUUGGCAAUACUUUGAGCGCUGUGGACCCGCUGACGUCCGUUCUUGGCAACGGUGUGAGUGGUGUGGUAGACCCUGUGAAGUCUGUUGUUGACAAUGGUGUGAGCGCUGCAGACCCUCUGAAGUCCGUGCAGUCCGCUGUUGACAAUGGUGUGAGCGCUGCAGACCCUCUGAAGUCCGUACAGUCCGUUGUUGACAAUGCUGUAAGCGCUGCAGACCCUCUGAAACAAGCUCUAAACAACGCAGAUGUCCUUCAGAACCUGAAGGUUGACUUGGGAGCUGUUCAAAAUACCAAGGAUUUGCUGCUUUCCAAGAGCAACAUUCUAGAAGCUUUGAACCUGGCGCUCCCUAGCACUUCCAACCUCCCUUCAGUUGUGAACGGUUUGAGGUUGGACAUCAACAAAUUCAGUAUCCUGGACCUCAAAGUGGGUCUAGCAAAAGACGGCAAAGGCAUUGAGCUGAAGUUCCCAUUGGCUGCUGACAUCUCUCUGUGGCUGCCUCUCAUUGGCCAGACAGCUGACCUGAGUGUCAACUUGAACCUCAUAACUGGACUCAGGAUAGAAACAGAUCCCCAGACCAAACUCCCUGUCUUGGUGGUGUCGGGAUGCUCCAGUGACGACGACAAAAUCGCACUUUCCUUGCUGAACAGACGAAGCCCACUGAUCAACAUGGCUUUGGACUCGGUGUCUAAGCUCCUAGGAAAGACUGUGACAUUCGUGCUGCAGAAGCAAGUGUGCCCAGUAAUCAACUUUCUCACCAGCCAGCUGCAAGUAGAAUUGGUUCAGGAACUCGCCACUGUCCUCCAGGCCCUGCCGACGCAGCAGCUCCUCAUCUGAAUGCGAGGACCGAAGGCGGCGCGCCGUGCUGCCCCCUGCUGGGUGACACCCGGCGGCUGAGAUCACCUUGUUCCCUGAGAAGAGCUGAGGAGCUGCCCUCGUCCACGCGGAAACGCCUGAGCCCAGCCACGGGGACCCUGGGACUCCGUCCUUUCUUCCCCUUCUACCCUCUCCCCAGCAAUAAAACACCAACUGCA